UCCUCCCCGCUGCCCGCGCGGUCGCGGCGUUCACUUCCUGGCCCUCCCCGCCUUUAGUGAAACCAACGAGAGGACACCCCCUGCAUCUAGAGCAGCCCGACCAGGAGCGUAACCGGGUGGCGCGCGAACGUGAGAGGAAAGCCGUGCGCGGCUGCGCUUUCCCGCCUCUGAGCCGUUCUAGAUGCGGGAAAAAUGCUUUCUGAAAGCAGUUCAUUUUUGAAGGGUGUGAUGCUCGGAAGCAUUUUCUGUGCCUUGAUCACUAUGCUAGGACACGUUAGGAUUGGUCAUGGAAAUAGAAUGCACCAGCAUGAGCAUCAUCACCUGCAAGCGCCUAAUAAAGAAGAUAUCUUGAAAAUUUCAGAGGAUGAACGUAUGGAGCUCAGUAAGAGCUUUCGGGUAUACUGUAUCAUCCUUGUAAAACCCAAAGAUGUGAGUCUUUGGGCUGCAGUGAGGGAGACUUGGACCAAACACUGUGACAAAGCAGAGUUCUUCAGUUCUGAAAAUGUUAAAGUGUUUGAGUCAAUUAACAUGGAAACAGAUGACAUGUGGCUAAUGAUGAGGAAAGCUUACAAAUAUGCCUUUGAUAAAUAUAGAGACCAAUACAACUGGUUCUUCCUUGCACGCCCCACUACGUUUGCUAUUAUUGAAAACUUAAAGUAUUUUUUGUUAAAAAAGGAUCCAUCACAACCUUUCUAUCUAGGCCACAGUAUAAAAUCUGGAGACCUUGAAUAUGUGAGUGUAGAAGGAGGCAUCGUCUUAAGUAUAGAAUCAAUGAAAAGACUUAACAGCCUCCUCGGUAUCCCCGAAAAGUGUCCUGAACAGGGAGGGAUGAUUUGGAAGAUAUCUGAAGAUAAGCAGCUAGCAGUCUGCCUGAAAUAUGCUGGAGUGUUUGCAGAAAAUGCAGAAGAUUCUGAAGGAAAAGAUGUAUUUAAUACCAAAUCCGUUGGGCUUUUUAUUAAAGAGGCAAUGACUAAUCACCCCAACCUUGUGGUUGAAGGAUGCUGUUCAGAUACGGCUGUUACUUUUAAUGGACUGACUCCUAAUCAGAUGCAUGUGAUGAUGUAUGGGGUAUACCGUCUUAGGGCAUUUGGGCAUAUUUUUCACGAUGCACUGGUUUUCUUACCUCCAAAUGGUUCUGACAAUGACUGAGAAGUGAAAGAAAAACAUGUAUACAAUCACCGUCUAGGACAGGUAUUGUCACUAUUUGUAGUAACGACUACAUAUCCAACACAACAGUAUGUUUCUUUUUCUUUUUUAGUUUGGUGGCACUGGUUUAGUUGCACAUUAAAGUUUAGUGGUACAUUUUUAAAGAGGGUGGGGUUUUUUUCCUUAAAACACGUGACAAUUUCAAACAUGUUGGAAAGAAAUGUUUUAAGAAUGAUAAUUUUGCAAAUAAAAGAUAUAUUUAUAAAUAUUAUAUUUAUGUGAUAAAUCCUAAAUUAUGAAUCUGUGGCACAUAUUUUUGCUGAUCGGUUAAAAAAUUUAACAUGUCUUUUUAGCUUUCUAAGAUAUGCAAAUAAAAUCUCUAGUUGUGAAUUUGUGAUUAAAGUAAAACUUUCAGUUAUGUGUUUCCAUUACUUGUAAUGCUGGUAUAUGUUCUAAGCCUCUGCAAGUGCCCAUGGAUUUGCUUUCUCAAAAUACAUGACCAAGCAACAAAGGAAAUUAGUUCCCAACUAAUGUUAAAGUGAAAGUUGAAUUCUGUCCCUGAGAGAAAAAGUGAAAAUUACCUAUAAAGGUUAAUAAUUCUCCCAGGAGCUAACUUAGUGGCAUUCCUCAGCAUACACAAGUUGUCUUAACUCUCUACUUCUCUGUGUAGACACUGAAAUUGGAGUGGUCACUAUGAAGAAUCUAUUAU